AGAAAGAGAAGGAAAGGAAAAAGGGAGGAGAUGGAGCGAGAGGGGAGGGAAAUGUCCUUCUGCAAUUAUCCAGAUUUUUUAGGAAAACCCACACAGUCCGAAGCUUCCAUAAGCCUUUCAGGACAGGCACAGGCAGCUUUUUCUUUCACAACUGUAUUUGUCUUUUUUUUUUUAUUUUGCAUACCUGUAGCUUGAAGUGUUGUCUCGGGGACAGGAAGUAACACCAGCAGUCUUUAGAGGAAGCAUGUCACUCUCUCUGCGCUUUGUUUGCCUGCUCCUGACUGCUCUCUGGGGCAGCAGUUGCUUCGCCAAGCCCGCCCCGUUCAAUGUGUCAAUGGAGGGUAGCGGGGAUGAACCCGAGCUCAUCUUUCCCAUCGCCCGUACCACCCAUGUUCCUCCAUCCACCUCGCCUCCUCCCAACAUAACAGCCACUUUCAUCCGCAUCAAAGACUUCCUUUUCAACCAGGUGGUGGACUUCCUGAAGGAGAACUUGCUUCUCAUCAUUGUGGUGACCUCUCUGUUGGUCGUCAUCAUCUUCAUCGUCUGCUGUGCUUCAGCGAUGAGCCACAAACGCAAGCUUGAGGCCUACUAUCCUCCGAAGACCUACGCACCCAGGAAAUACAUGAGCCAGCCUAGUAAAGCUACGGAGAACCCACACAACCAGAUUCAGGAAGGUAAGACCACAAGCGCAAAGACCCACCGGGAACCCACUAAAGCACUGGUGGGUGAGAAGGACGGAAAAGACCCCCGGCCCAAGCCGAAAGAGGUCCUAAAGGUGGAGGAUGUUGAAGAGGUGGAGAUGCAGAAAGACGAGCCUAAGAAAGAUGAGCCUCAGCCUACCACUUCAAAUGUCUCCUUCAGUCAGCCGCUGGUCUGCACGUGCCACCUCAGAAAGGCCAAUCACACCACAGCAUGAGAGCUUUUACUGUAAUGGGCAGGAAUGACCUCCAUCCCAAUUUUUUCUACUGCUACAUAUGAAUCUUUUGGUAGAUAUGGUGCCCACAGUCUUACUCUUUGUUUAUGUGACGUCAGAGGAACAAUGGGAAAAAAAAAACAUGUUUUAUCAACUUUUGUUUCUUUAAAAAUGAGUACUGAAUAAGAAAAUCAAAACAGUGAGUUGAUAUUUUUAUUAUUCGUGUGGAAAAUAACACUUGAAACUAUUUUGUGAAUCUCUUUUUACUUCUGAGAGACUUACAAAAAACAUCUUUUGAAUCUUUUUCUGAUCCCUUUCCUGUUGUAUUUUACAUAUGAAAUGUCUAUAUGCAUGGUAACCCUUAAUUUAUGCUGUAUUUUCCGAAGCUGUUCUCAGUUGUUUCUAUCUAAACUUCAUGACUUUCCUCAGUAUUGGAUUUCAUUAGCUAACAUUUUGUCAGGUAUGUUUUGUCAUGAAAAAUAAACUCUCAGAAAAUGAA